AUGGCAUUCGAUUCAAUGAGUGAAUCAUGUCUUUUUGAUUUAGAACAAUAUUUACAUUCAAAUCCAUAUCGACAAUAUUCAAUGAAUAAGUCAAAUGUCUCUAAAGCAAUUCCUGUUUCAGCUCAUUCACAACGUUUAAAUUAUCAAAAUAAACCAUCAGUUGUUGCUUUUCAUCAAUUAAUAAAUAAUCGAAAAAAUUCAUUAACACUCGAUCGUAUUGCUUAUAAACUUCGUAUGAAAUCAGAUUUAAAUGUUGAUACUUUACGCGAUACACCUAUUCGUCGUCAUAGAAAUUAUUAUGAUUCUCUUCAUCAUCAAUCACAAAAUCCUACGAAAUCAAAUAUUAAUGAUGCAUUUAAUGUUGUUCCAUCAUCAGCUACAACUAAAUCACAUCAUCGACAACCAACAGCUAUUACAACGACAACAAAUUCAACAAAAACAUUAGUUAAUGAUUAA